AUGCUCUACUGCUCCCCGUUACUUUUGUAUCUUUUUGUUACCGUAAGUCGCACACAAGAGGACGUGACCUCCGGCGAGCUGCGACACUGGGGAUACCAGAAUGCGACAGCAUCAGGAGAAAAAUUCGACCCCCAUGAAGAGGAGGACGAGCAGAGAUUGUUGGAGCAUUUGUUUCAGGGCUACAACAACCUGAUCCGGCCCGUCCCGUCGGCCCUCUCGCCUCCAAUUCUGGUGGAUUUUGGUGUGGCGAUGAUUUUGUUGAUCAACGUCGACGAGCGGAAUCAAAUCCUACAGACCAAUGUUUGGCUGACGAUGAAGUGGAACGACUUCCAGUUGCGCUGGAAUCCGGGUGACUUCGGGAAUUUGUCCGAGUUGCACGUGCCCUCCGAACGCGUCUGGCUGCCGGACAUUGUGCUGUUUAACAACGCCGACGGCACCUACGAGGUCUCCUUCAAGUCGAACGUCUUCAUCGAGCACACCGGCGACGUUACCUGGGUGCCACCAGCUCGAUAUCUCUCCAGUUGUGCGAUCGACGUCGAGUGGUUCCCGUUCGACGAGCAAAAAUGCGACAUGGUCUUUGGCUCGUGGACGUAUAACAAGCAUGAGGUGCAGCUGAGGUUCUACAAUAAUGUUACGGCAGUGCAGCUCAACGACUACUCGAAGUCCGGAAUCUGGGAUGUCAUCGAUGUACCAGGAGCGAUAGUCAAUUCCGGGAGCACGAGUCGGAUCGUUUUCAAUAUUAUUAUAAGGAGGAAAACGCUGUUCUACACGGUCAUUCUCAUCAUCCCCACCGUCCUUAUGGCCUUCCUCUCGAUGAUGGCAUUCUACCUGCCCACCGACUCGGCAGAGAAGAUCUCGCUCACCAUCAAUAUUCUGCUCGCCUUGGUUGUGUUCUUGCUGCUGGUGUCAAAAAUAUUGCCGCCGACUUCAAACAUUCCUCUGAUGGGCAAAUAUUUGUUGAUGGCGUUCAUCUUGAACAUCACGACGGUUGUUGUGACGGUCAUCAUUGUGAACAUCUACUUCCGGUCUCCGCUUUCCCAUGAAAUGUCACCGUGGGUUCGAGCGGUAUUCCUUGACUUCCUGCCCCGCUUCCUGAUGAUGAAGCGCCCAGAGCGGAUCCCAAUCUUCAACGGCUACUUUGUCGAGGAGUAUUCUGCUUCUGAAAUUUUCGACGCAAGCCUCAUCAUACCGUCCGUCACCGCGACGAUCGUACCAUUCCUCAAUGUGUCAAAUCCAAGCCUUAACGAAGAGGCAAUGAAACAUCACCGGAACUGCUCGAAGGGCAAGCACCACAAGGAGCACAAGCCGGGCAGCAAGAAAUUGAAAAAGGAGGAGUCGAAUGGGCUUGAGAUGCCCGAGGAAGAAACGCUGGUGGAGAAGAUGAGCCGCGAGAUGAAGCGCACCGUUGAGUCGAUAGCUUAUAUCGCGGAACAUAUGAAGGCGGAGAUGGCGGAUAAAAAAAUACGUGAUGAUUGGAAGUACGUGGCCAUGGUCAUCGACCGGUUGCUGCUGCUGAUAUUUUUUGGCGUGACGCUCGGUGGCACGAUACAAAUCAUCCUCCGCGCUCCCCACGUCUUCGAAUUCAUCGAUCAGGAUCAGAUCAUCAAAGAGCUGACGGCAAAAUACAACUUUGGAUCACUGUUCAACGGCUACAAUCAACUGGUGCGCCCGGUUCGGAACCAGAGCGAAAUCGUUGAGGUGCGCUUCUCUCUUGCGCUCGUGUUGCUGAUCAACGUGGACGAGAAGAACCAAGUGAUGCAGACCAAUGUGUGGCCGACAAUGCGAUGGUCCGACUAUCAGCUAAGAUGGGAUCCGCGGGAUUACGGUGGCGUCAGCACGAUUCACGUCCCACCGCAGAAGGUCUGGCUUCCCGACAUCGUCCUCUUCAACAACGCGGACGGUAAUUACCUCGUCUCCUUCUUAUCAAAUGUCGUCGUCGAGCACACCGGGGAGAUGCUCUGGGUGCCGCCGGCCGUCUUUUUCAGUAGCUGCACGAUCGACGUAGAGUACUUUCCUUUUGACGAGCAGGUCUGCACGAUGCUGUUUGGCUCUUGGACCUUCGGCAAGGACGAGGUGCAGCUGAACCAUUUGCAGGGAAAGCAACAAGUUGAACUGAAUGAGUAUUCGACCUCCGGCAUCUGGGACCUGAUCGACGUUCCUGGGAUACUGCAAAACGGGCGAAGCCGGAUCUCUUACCAGAUAAAAAUCCGAAGAAAAACGCUUUUCUACACGGUAAUCCUCAUCAUGCCCACCGUACUCAUGGCCUUUUUAUCAAUGAUGGUAUUCUACCUUCCCGCCGAGGCGAGCGAGAAGAUUACGCUUGCGAUCAGCAUCUUACUGGCCCUUGUCGUGUUUCUGUUGCUUAUUUCGAAGAUUCUUCCGCCAACCUCGUCGUCAGUGCCACUAAUGGGAAAAUAUUUGCUGAUCACCUUCACGAUGAACGUCAUCGCCAUUAUGGUGACGGUCGUCAUCAUCAACGUCUAUUUCCGGGGCCCAGCCACACAUACGAUGGGCCCAUGGGUGCGUCAGUUGUUCAUCAACCACCUACCGCUUUUGCUGAUGAUGAGAAGACCCUGGAGCGCUGAGAAUGAGAUUGAGCGGUUGAGGCAGCAGAAAACAGAGAUCGCAGCCGCCCCAAACCUGCACCCGGAAGAAGGGCGAAAGUCGAGUGAUGAGCAGAGGGCGAGCAUCGUUAGCCAGCCAUACGCGGAGGGUCUCGGAUCCGAGGCUAUCAAAGCGAUCGAGGCCAUUGAAUACAUCACCGAACAUUUGAGGACGAACAACGACCAGAAGAGGAUGCGAGAGGAGUGGCGCUUUGUGGCCACCGUACUCGACCGGCUGCUGCUCUACAUCUUCUUUGCCGUCACUGUGGGAGGCACCGUCGGGAUUCUGUGUUCUGCGCCAAACGUUUUCGAGUACGUUGACCAGACCGCCAUCCUCGAGAACCUCAAACGAAAAGCGAAGGAGAUCGAGAUGGCCGCCCAAAAUGCCCCA